AUGAACAAGAUAUUCAGAGGCCUCGACUGUCUUGAAGUUUACAUUGACGACGUCGUGAUCAAAUCAAAUACCAUUGAAGUCCAUUUGGCCGACCUUCGGAAAGUCGUAGUGUACGUGUUGUCCCAGACCGACAUCAUUAAGUAUAUUUUAUCAAAACCAUACUUAAGGAAUCGGAUUGGGAAAUGGGCGAUCGCGAUGUCCGAAUUUACAUUAGUGUAUGUUCCCCAAAGAGCAGUGAAAGGACAAGUGUUGGCAGAUUUCUUUGCCGAUCACCCUGGAGUUACCCUCAGGGAAGAAACGGUCACGUUUUGCGACAUCGCCAUAUGGGAGAUGUGGUUCGACGGGUCCAGGACAAGCCAGGGGGCAGGCGCCGGAGUUCACAUCAUCACGCCCUUGGGAGCAUCCUACCAGUUGUCAUUCAGACUCCAGUUCGAAUGUACUAACAAUCAAGCAGAAUAUGAGGCCCAAAUAUUCGGUUUCGAGAUUUUAGCCGAGCUGGGGGCGAAACACUUGCUCGAAGGUUUUCAGGAUACGAGGAUAGAAUACACAGAGAGGGCCGAUAACAGCGUUGCAAACAACCUAGCUCAGCACGGUAGUGGUUACAAGGUAAACCAUCAGUUUGACGCUAUAGAGAGGGAAACGCCGAAUCUCCAUACCGGCGGCAUCACGAUCGACGAAAGACAAUUCUUGGUUUACCAGCUGGACGUCACCCAAGAUUGGAGGGUCGAGCUCCUGAAAUGGUUUGAAGAGCCAGAUCCCACGGAUAGGAGGUUGAGAACGUUGGCCCUGAAUUACGUUGUGUUAGCCGGCGAACUAUAUAAAAAGGGCUUUGAAGGGCUACUCUUCACGUGCAUCGGUCCAAAAGAAGCUAUGCUUGCAAUGGCCGAGGUACACGAAGGAAUAGCAGGCGCUCACCAGGACUGUAUAAGAUAUGCCAAAGGUUGUGAAGCCUGUCAAAAAUUCGGCCCGAUACAGCACGUCCCGGCCGAAGACCUGCACUCCAUUAUCAAGCCAUGGCCAUUCAGAGGAUGGGCAGUUGACCUAAUAGGGAAGAUAUACCCUGGCUCGUCAGACGGUCAUGCUUUUGUGAUUAUCGCCACUUGCUAUUUCACCAAAUGGGUCGAAGCUAAACCUUUGAAGUCGCCGACACAGGAAGCGGUGAUCAAGUUCUUCAAAGAAUACAUCAUCCACCGACACGGGUUGCCCGAGUUUAUAACCACAUAUCAAGGGACGAUGUUCACAGGAGGCGACAUAAGUUGGUGGGCCUCCCAAAUGAAGAUAUAA